AUGAGUGAAACAAGCGACAAGGCCGCUCCAGCGGCAGAAAGCAACACCAGAAGGACUGAUAAUGGACGAAACAAAGAACAUUCACUUCAAGUCAAACCUGAAUUCAUCACUUCGAAACGCCCUGAAAUUCUUGGGCCUCUCCCGCCUUCCGCAGAAGGCGAGGAUCCAAACCGGAUUGAUGGAACAAAGAGAACCUCAGGAAAGCAGCGCAAGAAGGGACGCAACAAGAAACGCCCUCGAGAUGCUCGCAAAGAUAACUCUGAAAAGAUAUGCCUUGCUGUGAUCAGAGGCCAAGAAUGUCCAUAUGGCGAAGACAAGUGUAGAUACUCACAUGAUUUGGCAGGAUUCAUGAAGACUCGGCCAGAGGAUAUCAAAACGUUGGAUGAUGGCUUAUGCCCAAUCUUUAAGGAGCAAGGCCACUGCGCCUUUGGUGCAAUGUGCCGAUUUGGAUUAUCCCAUAUCACAAAGAGUGGAGUAAACAUCAAGAGAGAUCAGGCGAAUAGUAGCGCAAAUGGUCCUCUUCAGGAUGUGUCAAUGAAUAUUUUCCCAAAGGAAGUUCAGGCCCAACUCCGAAAAAAGAAGUAUCCAUUUUCUUGCAGGCGUUACUUUGAGCAAGAUGAAAGUAAAAGGGACAACAAUACUAAGCCUGAUGCUGAAGAGUCGGCAAAACCGGAGGCGACGGAAGUGAAGACGGAAGCAGCCACGCACACUCCAGUGGAACUGAAAACACGAAAGAUUAUUGACUUUUCCCAGAAAGUUUAUGUGGCUCCUCUAACAACAGUAGGUAAUCUACCAUUCCGAAGAAUUAUGAAGCGAUAUGGAGCCGACAUUACUUGUGGUGAAAUGGCUUUGGCUACCUGCUUGUUGGAGGGCAAGACUUCGGAGUGGGCUCUGUUGAAGCGGCACCCAGAAGAAGAUGUCUUUGGCAUCCAAGUAGCAGGAGCUCACCCGGAUCAGUAUUCAAGAGUGACAGAGGUGAUUGAAAAGCACACAACCUGUGACUUUAUUGAUCUCAACUUGGGAUGCCCUCUGGAUUUACUUUGUCAAAAGGGAGCUGGAGCUGCAUUGAUGAUGAAGGAAAAGAAGCUGAAAGGAGCACUUCAAGGCAUAUCGCGUAGUGUGACAUGUCCAAUCACGGUGAAGAUUCGAACAGGAUGGGAUAUGAAGAACCCAUUUGCUCACAAACUAGUGCCCAAGAUCCAAAGUUGGGAGAUUGACGGGCUUGCUGCUAUCAUGGUUCACGGAAGAUCUCGUCUCCAGCGCUACCAGCUUCUUUCGGAUUGGGACUACAUAUCUCAAGUCGCAAAUAGUCAGUCCCCAGACUAUAAGAAAAUUCCAAUUAUUGGUAACGGAGAUAUCUUUUCGUACACAGAUUAUGAGGAAAAAAUAGCUCGCGAAGGAAUCAAUGCGACUGCUAUGAUUGGCAGGGGAGCCUUAAUCAAGCCUUGGCUUCCCACUGAAAUUAAGGAGCGCAGACACUGGGACAUCUCCUCGUCUGAACGACUGGAUAUCCUGAAGGACUUUGUUCGUUUUGGACUAGAGCACUGGGGCUCAGAUCAGCAAGGCGUGAACAACACACGGAGAUUCCUGUUGGAAUGGCUCUCUUUCCUUUGUCGUUAUGUACCAGUUGGUUUGUUGGAAGUUUUACCCCAACAAAUGAACAAACGCCCACCUGCACACAUGAUCGGACGCGAUGAGCUGGAAACACUGUUCAUGUCGCCAAACAGUCACGAUUGGAUCAAGAUAUCAGAGAUGCUUCUUGGAAAAGUCGACGAGGAUUUCAAAUUCUUGCCAAAACACAAAGCAAGUGGAUAUGCCUAA